AUGAAUGACUCUGAAGUACAUGGCUUAAAUGAUAUCUUCUUAUUCAUUGUCUUUCAUUUUUCAACAGGCCAGACCUUAACGAAUGAUGGGGAGCUGAGAAUAGUGAUGGUGGGGAAGACCGGAAAUGGGAAGAGUGCCACUGGAAACACCAUCCUGGGAAGAGAUUACUUUGAAUCAAAGUUCAGUUCAAGGUGUAUGACUGUAGACUGUCACAAGGGAAGAGGCACAGUUGAGGGACAAAAGAUUGUUGUUAUUGACACCCCAGAUCUAUUCCACACCAGGUUUGGAACAGACAAGACAGCUAAAGAUAUCAGCCAGUGCGUCACUUAUGCUUCUCCUGGUCCCCAUGUGUUCCUGGUGGUCAUCAGGCUGGGUAGAUACAGUGUAGAGGAGAUGCUGACGGUGCAAAGGAUUCAAGAGAUCUUUGGCCAGGCUGCAGACAGAUACAGCAUGGUUCUCUUCACUGGUGGUGACAUGUUGGAAGGAACCAUGAUUGAGGAUUUCUUGGCUGAAAGCCGAGACUUGCAGGAACUUGUGGCCAGAUAUAAUGGCCAGUACCAUGUCUUCAAUAAUGAGCAAAAAAAGGAUCGCUCUCAGGUCACCAUGCUGCUCCAGAAGAUCAGAGACAUAGCUAAGAAGAAUGGAGGGAGUCACUACAUCAAUAAGAGGUUCCAAGAGGAUGAGAGGGCAGUGGAGAUGGAAAAACGCAUCCUGAAGGAGAAAGAAGAGCAAAUACGCAAAGAAAAAGAAAAGCUUGAGAGGGAAGUACAGCAAAAAUAUGAAAAAGAGAUGAAGAGAAUCAAUGAGCAACUCCAAGCUGAUAGAGAGAGGGAGAAGAAAGAGAGAGAGGAAGAGAGGAAGAGGGAGAAGGCCAGCAGCUUUGGCCAGACCUUAACGAAUGAUGAGGAGCUGAGAAUAGUGAUGGUGGGGAAGACCGGAAUCGGAAAAAGUGCGACUGGAAACACCAUCCUGGGAAAAGAAUGCUUUGAAUCAAAGUUCAGUUCAAAGUCUAUGACUGUAGACUGUUCUAUUCACAGAGGCACAGUUGAGGGACAAAAGGUUGCUGUUAUUGACACCCCAGGUCUGUUCGACACCAGGUAUGGAAUGGACAAGACAGCUAAAGAUAUAACCCAGUGUGUCACUUUUGCUUCUCCUGGUCCCCAUGUGUUCCUGGUGGCCAUCAGGCUGGGUAGAUACACUCCUGAGGAGAUGCAGACGGUGCAAAGGAUUCAAGAGAUCUUUGGCCAGGCUGCAGACAGAUACAGCAUGGUUCUCUUCACUGGUGGUGACCUGUUGGAUAUGGAAGAAAUCUCGAUUGAGAAUUUCUUGGCUGAAAGCAAAGACCUGCAGGAACUCGUGGACAGAUGUAACGGCCAGUACCAUGUCUUCAAUAAUAAGCAAAAAAGAGAUCGCUCUCAGGUCACCGUGCUGCUCCAAAAGAUCAGAGGUUUAGUCCAGUGGAACGGAGGAAGACACUACACCAACGAGAUGUUCCAAGAGGCUGCGCAGGCAAUCGAAGAGGAGAGACAACGCAUCCUGAAGGAGAAAGAAGAGCAAAUACGAAGAGAAAAAGAAAAGCUUGAGAGGGAAGUACAGCGAAAAUAUGAAAAAGAGUUGAGGAGAAUCAGAGAGCAACUCCAAGCUGAGAGAGAGAGGGAGAGGGAAGAGAGAGAAAGAGAAAGACAGAGGGAGCGGCAGAGGAGGGAAUGGGAGAGGCCAAACGGAACUCUGAUGGAAACAUGUCGUUCAGCAUAG